GUGUGUGUUGUGAAUUAAAUAUUUAUUUCAGUGUUCUUGGAUUAUAAUGUGAAUUAUGUGUCCAUAAUGCUAAGUAUUUCAUAUUCCAUGAGUUCUGGAUAAGUAUUUCACAUCAGCAUGUAAAUAUUUGCUCUAGAUGUAUCUGAAAAUCAAAACAUAACAUACUACUAUUACGCCCCACUGAAAUUAGUAAAGAUGCUGGAUAUAUGAUUAUUUAUCAUGUAAGACUUUACGUUGUGUGUUUACUAAGUGUAAAUUAAAAUGUAGGUGUUAGUUGGAUACAAGCUAUUCCACACAAUAAAUGUGCCAACAUUUUGUGAGAAGUAUUUUUGUGUUGGAUAUCUGGACUGUGUUGUGUAACAGGUGCAGCUGUACAGCCACAAAGUUCUUUAUGUACGCCUAUCAUCACAAUGCAAACAGGGACCACCAGUCUUCAUCAUGAUGCAGCUGGUUCUCGAAAAUCUACUGAAUGUUCUUCACAAGCACUUGGUGUAAUCGAAAAUCCUCUGUUCGAAAGGAGUGGUGAGAGAAAUGUCUCUUCUGCUUCUGGCCAUUCCAGAAUAUUAAAAGAAAUGUCGGAGAAUCAGCGAGAUCGAAGAAGGACUUUUGUUCAACGAAGCCUGCAACGGUCCAAAACUGUCAAAGAGUAUGUUGCGAAAAGCACAGCAUCUUUUUUUGGUCUUGAUGAAGAAACGGAGCAUAACAGUUAUCAACGAUGGGCAGAAAGAAGACGAAGAUUACUGAGUAAGAAAUGGGGUGAAAUGAAGGAUGAAGAUUCGCAAAAUCUUGAAGAUGUUAGUAGCUAUCCUGCUGUGCCUCAGCAGACGCAUACUUUGUCUGAACAUCAACCAGCGUCUGCUUCAAGACUACAACCUGCUGUAGCAACAGACACCAUUGAUAGACCUCGGAGGACUGAAAGUGCAACAUCUCAUAAUUCACAGUUGUUUCAAAAACAUAGAAGAAAAGAUUCUGCAUAUAGGAUUAUUGUCGAUGGCCUUGGGCUAAUUUCAACGACAAUAGUAAGAAGAUGUUCAACACGUCAGUUUUGGCCAAUUCGUUCUAGUCAUGCAGCUAGUAAUUAUGCAGCUACAAAUGUAGAUGGCGCAUUUAAUGAUGACCAGCAGGAUAAUGGGCUUCCAUCACAGCAGUUAUUUUCAGAUGCUAAUCAAUUGGUGGACGAUGUCUUUUUUGAACAGCAACCUCCAAACUCCAAUGAAGUUCAGAUGCAAAAUGAAAAACUGUUGGCAAAAAGGUUGUACUUACCACCUUCACAAGGUUCACCUGGAGUUGAUUCUGUGGAUUCUGGCAGGUCUAACACUCAAGCAUGGCAGCAGUCUUCUCCACAAGCAGAACUUCCUAGCUCUAAUGUUGGAAUGAAAAGGAUAUGGAAUAAAGCUAUUGCACAAGAAUUUCAAAAUUUUGAUCGCAGACAAUAUGGAAUGGGGGUCAUAGGGAAGUUUUUACACAGAAAAAUAAAGCAAGAUCAUAUAACAUCUGAUGUAAAAGAACAGUUGGAAGAUAUUGAUGAUCACAGGCCUUUCUUUACAUAUUGGGUUACAACUGUCCAGAUACUAGUCACUGUGAUUUCUCUUGCGGUGUAUGGAUUUGGACCAUUUGGGGUUAGAAAAACACAGCGUUCUGGUGAGGUUAUGGUUACUAGUCUUCAUUUGCAACAAGUUGAUUAUUUAGAGCCAGAUAACUUUUGGCUUGGUCCAAGAGCGGCUGAUCUGGUGCAUUUAGGGGCCAAAUUUACACCAUGUAUGCGGAAAGAUAAAAGUAUUUUUGAUUCUAUAUAUAAAGACAGGGAAAGAGAAAGAGACACUGCAUGUUGUGUUCGGAAUGAUCAGUCAGGAUGUGUGCAGACUUCUCGAGAUAAAUGCUCGUUGGCUCAAGGACUUCAUUCAGGGGAGUUGAUAUCAUCUUGGAAAAAAUGGGACACAGUAAAACCUGGUCCUCCGAGAUGGACAUCUAAUCCAACAUCUAUAGCAAGGGAUAGGUUAGGAACUCAUAAAAGACUUUCUGGAUCUGUCUGUGGUCAAGAUCCAAGAUACUGCCAUGAGCCUGCAUCAGUAUUUCCAUAUGAAUGGCCUGAUGACAUCACGAAGUGGCCUGUAUGUAAAGCUAUAGUUCCAGGGCACCAGGUUGCUGAGCCUCAUAUGUCUUGUGAAAUUGUUGGUAGACCUUGUUGCAUUGGAAUCUAUGGCCAGUGCCACAUUACCACAAGAGAAUACUGUGAUUUUGUCAAGGGAUUUUUUCAUGAAGAAGCAGCCCUAUGCUCCCAGGUAUCUUGCCUUGAUGACAUUUGUGGCAUGAUCCCUUUUCACAAUCCAGAGGUGCCUGACCAAUUCUAUAGACUGUGGACUUCCCUUUUCCUACAUGCAGGCAUCCUACACCUGCUAAUAACUGUGAUAAUUCAAUAUUUAAUUAUGACUGACUUAGAAAAAUUGGUAGGAGCAUUGAGAAUUAGCAUCAUUUAUAUUAUGUCUGGAGUUGGAGGAAACCUUGCAAGUGCGAUUUUUGUGCCAUACAGAGCUGAGGUUGGGCCAGCUGGUUCACAGUUUGGUCUGCUAGCUUGCCUGUUUGUGGAAGUCAUCCACUGUUGGAAGAUGCUAAAACAUCCUGGCAUGGCUCUCCUUCGAUUAGGUGGUGUAGCUCUAGUACUUUUUCUCGUUGGCCUUUUACCAUGGGUUGAUAACUAUGCUCAUAUAUUUGGAUUUGCAUUUGGUUUUUUGUUAUCAUAUGCAUUGUUACCUUUUGUAUCAUUUGGAACUUACGACAAAGCAACAAAAGUCAUAUUAAUAUGGGUGUGUCUCUUAAUUGUCAUUGUCCUUUGUAUUGGUUUGCUGAUUUUAUUUUAUGUGCAUCCUAUAUAUGAGUGUUCAUUCUGUAAAUAUCUCAACUGUAUACCUUUAACGGUGGACUUCUGUGAAAACCAAGAUAUCAAAUUAAAGAGACCAGAGUACUGACAUCAGUGUUUUAUGGAGGGAUUGUGUCUGAAGUAUUGUUUUACUAGUCAUUCAAAAGUAACCAAGACUGUGACAAGGUGUGCAAUGCUGUUUUUUAAAUCAAUUCAGAAGCCAGUUGAAGUGCUCGUGUUUUGUGAUUUCAAAAUUUGUGCAUGUGAACUUGUAAGUUGCAAGACUACUUCAACAGACAAGCAUUUUUACUGCUGUGAUGUAACCUUCAUGAGGUGUUUAAAAGACAAUUUUGUCAAUUUAUACUUAAUUUUCGAGAAUCACAAUUGUAAUAUUUUAUUAAAAAUCUAGUAA